AUGGUCACGUGAUAGAUGGCGCUCAUAGAAUGUUUAUAAAAUCAUAAUUUUGUUGUUGUUUAUGUUAUUUUCGACGGAAAACGCGAUCUAAUUUCAAUUAAGAUAUUUCAGUUUACUUUCAGCUUUCUUUGCCCAGCCAUGAGGUACAUCCUGGUGACAGGGGGCGUGAUUAGCGGUGUCGGUAAGGGAAUCAUAGCCAGCAGCAUUGGCAUGAUCCUCAAGUCGGCAGGGAUUCGAGUGACCUCCAUCAAGAUCGACCCUUACAUCAACAUAGAUGCGGGAACGUUUUCUCCAUAUGAGCAUGGUGAGGUGUUUGUACUUAAUGAUGGCGGUGAGGUUGAUCUUGACCUUGGAAACUACGAGAGAUUUCUUGAUGUUACUCUUUUCCGAGACAACAACAUAACAACUGGAAAAAUCUACCAACAUGUCAUCAACCGAGAACGCAGGGGAGACUACCUCGGAAAGACUGUCCAAGUUGUCCCACACAUCACAGACGCGAUCCAGGACUGGGUGGAGAGAGUGGCCACCAAACCUGUUGAUGGCGAUAAACGCACUCCACAAGUUUGUAUCAUCGAGCUGGGCGGUACAAUUGGUGAUAUUGAGGGCAUGCCAUUUGUGGAAGCUUUCCGUCAGUUCCAGUUCCGCGUGAAGCGUGAGAACUUCUGCUGUGUACAUGUCAGCUUGGUACCACAGCCAAAGACAACUGGCGAACAAAAGACGAAGCCCACACAAGCCAGCAUACGAGAACUGCGUGGUCUAGGAUUGUCUCCAGAUAUUAUUGUGUGUCGAAGCCAGAAUCCACUUGAGAAAAGCUCGAGAGAUAAAGUUUCACUUUUCUGCCAUGUACAGCCUGCUCAGGUGAUCUGUGUUCAUGAUGUGUCGUCUAUCUACCAUGUUCCCCUCCUGCUAGAGAACCAGAAAGUGCAGGCUUACCUAAUUGACCGUCUCCAGCUGCAGGUGUCGACGUCACGGCCGAGCCGACUGAUGAGCCGGUGGAAGGAGCUGGCUGACCGCUAUGACCGGCUGCUCAAGGAGGUGACCAUCGUCCUGGUCGGGAAGUACACGAAGCUGGAGGACUCGUACGCCUCUGUUGUCAAGGCGCUGCAACACGCCGCACUCGCCGCCAGCCACAGGCUCGACCUCAAGUAUAUUGAGGCUGCUGACCUUGAACCCCGCAUGCAGCACGACGAUGCACAGCGCUACCACCACGCCUGGAAGGAACUUGUCGGAGCAAAUGGUAUUAUUGUGCCUGGAGGAUUUGGAGUGCGUGGCACUGAGGGAAAGAUACUUGCAGCAAACUGGGCAAGAAUCAAGAAAAUACCCUAUCUAGGGAUCUGUCUUGGACUGCAGUGUGCUGUGAUAGAGUUUUCCAGGAAUGUGAUUGGUUGGAAGGAGGCUCACUCUACAGAGUUUGAUCCCAAAACACCAAAUCCUGUGGUUAUUGAGAUGCCCGAACACAACCCGGGUCAAAUGGGAGGAACGAUGCGGCUCGGUCAGAGGAAGACAAUUUUCAAGAAGUCUGAUUGUUUAAUGAAAAAGUUGUACCAUAACGUGGAGUGUGUGGAAGAACGCCACCGCCACCGCUUUGAGGUGAACCCGAAGAUGGUAAAAGACUUGGAGGAGAAGGGUAUGAAGUUUGUCGGUCACAGCGAGGACGGGGAGAGAAUGGAAAUCAUGGAACUUGAUGACCACCCGUACUUUAUCGGCGUGCAGUAUCACCCGGAGUACAUCUCACGCCCCAUGAAGCCAUCGCCACCGUACCUCGGUCUGUUGCUGGCCUCGUGUGGUAAACUACAAGCCUACGCCAACCGAGGGUUCCGGCCAUCCCCCAGGAUGUCUUUCUGCGAGGAUGAUUACGAUACAGACGAGGAACUCGAGGAUGCCACGUCACAGCUCAGUGUGGAAAAAACUACAAGCACCUCAUGAGAAUUGAUUCACAUGCAUUGAUUUGUAGAAAAAAUCUUCAAAAACAUCACGAGUAUUGAUAAAACAUAAAUAGAUUUUACAUGUCUACAACUUUGCCUAAAAAUACAUUCACUGCCUAAAAAUGUUAUACACCUCACGCUCGCACAAGUGCCAUGCAUAUAAUACUAAUGGAGUGUACACCACCUGAAAAUAUGCUACACAAACGCUACCAGAAAAUUGAUGUGCAUACAAGAAUACCUAAACAUUUCACAUAUAUAUAUACACAUAUAUAUCUCUGUAUGUAUGUAUGUAUGUAUGUAUGUAUGUGUGUGUAUGUAUGUGUAUGUAUGUGUAUGUAUGUGUAUAUAUGUGUGUAUAUAUAUAUAUAUAUAUAUAUAUUCACACCUUAUCAGACAACACUACAUCAUUACAUGAAAAUCCGAUAUACAUCUACCACCACCUGACAAUACAUAUCUGUGAAAUUGUAACGGUAAAAUAACUGAAAUUAUUACCCAUAUGGUUAAAAAGAACUCUGUUCAUAUCAGUGUUAUGUCCCACUAAAACAUUUAUGUAGCACCUCGAUGUCAUACAAUUGGUGCAGUACGACUGUACCAACAUGUCAGUCGAACAAGUUCAGUGAUUAAAUUCAAAUAAAUGGGAUAUUAAACUUGCUACCAUUUCAUGUUUACGUCGUUCGUGAAAUAAUUUUCAUUGUCACUUGCUAAAGCUUGUUUAAUAUCCUACGUUGUCUGAAAAUCUAAUUUUACAUGACAUGAAUAUGUGAUAUUCAUGCAAUACUAAAAGUAGUAAUUCCAGUUCCUGAUAAUUUGACAUGAGUCCGACAUUAAAAGUAGCAACUCCAAGUGAAGUCCUGUAGACACUAAAACUAGUAAUGUUAACUAUUGAGAUUACACUCGAUGUUGGAGUGGUUUGUUGACCCAUGAGUUUAGAUCUUUCUGUUGUUAAUAUGAAAAGAAACUCAUCUUAUGUUAUUUUACAGUGUGAGGUUUGUAUGAAAGAGGAAUUGUGAGCUUGUAGAAAAUCCGAUGUAUGUCAAGUAUUUUUUUUAACACUGCCAUAUAACUUGUGAAACUGAUGAGAUUUAUUCCAUACCUUGUCAAAAUUGUUUUGUCUAAAUCAUGAAAUCUUGGAAUAAUUCUAAUGAUUUAGCACGUUGAUUUGCUUAAAUGAUCGUACAUUGGAGAAAAUAUGUUUAUCAAGCUGAACAUCCAUGACCAUCAAUGAGCACAAGAUGCUUUAUGAGAUUUAUUAUUGCUUAGUAUAUUUUUUCACAACAUGCAAUAGUGAAUGUCCAGUAUUAUAGGUUUUUGAUGUAGAUGUCGGUUUCCACGUACUCGGUUUUGAUCAAAUGUGUUGUAACAUGCCGAUUUCUCAUGAAAACUUGAAUGUGCUGUGUUUAGGAGAGAAGUGAUAUGCAUAAUGGUAGAAUGGUCGUGGGAGGUGCAAUGCAUUACAAUUACCCCAUGAUUGUUACAUCAAACAAUCUGGUAUGUGCUGUCCUAUCUCUGAUAUCUUGCUGCUAAUAGCUAUAUGAUGGCAGCAAAUUAUUUUCUCACCGUCUAGACCAAAUUAAACAAAUAUUCCUUUUGUGUUCUUGAACAGUCAAUCAAAACAUGCCUUACAUGGCAGCAAUCAACAAAUUACUUCUUUUUACUCCAUCUUGUACUGUCAAAACAUGAGAGGCAUUUCUUGUUUAAGACGGUGCUACAAAACAGGUGUAGCAAAAGCCAUGGUAUGUUUCAUAUAAAAGAUCUCUCGUUGCUAAUUGAAAAUUGCCCAUGCAGUGGCGGCAGGUUUCCUCUUUUGUGUGCAUGUACAUCCUUGUCCAGUGCCAUGUAAUGACAGUUUUUUGUUUUGUUUUUAGUCACAACAUAAUUGGAGACUGCUAGAUUGCAUGUAUCCCACUUGUAUGCUGUUUGUGCCGAUGAAUAUUGGCAUGUAACUCCAUAAUAAACACAUACCAACUCAAAUAACAUUUAAUAUAUAUAUUUCAGUUUAAGAAACUUUCUUAACAAAUUACAAUCAAAUUAUAUACUUAUCAUUUUUAAUUCGAAAGGUGAAGCCAGAUUGCUAGAUCAGCCAUGGAAUGCUGAGAUUUCAGGUGGAUUGUAUCGAAGUAAUUAAUACAUUGAGACUAAUGGUAGAACUGCAUACUUUACCUUGACGUUACAUCAGUUGCCUUCAUACCUAUGUCAUAAAAGAAAAUUUAAACUAUGCAAUUUGAUAGUAAUUUAUAAACUUUUUUAUUUUAUUUACACACAUUUUUUUUUUUCUGUCUAAAUCUGAGUAAUAUGUUUUAUAUGAAUUUUAACCUUUAAUUAUUCAACAUAAUUACGUGCCAAUUCCUUGGUUCCUCGGAUGCAAAUUGACUAUAACAACGUCAGCGUAAAAUGUAUCAACAGACUUUGGAGGGGAUCAUUAUAUAAUCUGUUAAUUUAAAUUUAAAAAAAGCCUACUUGUGCAAUGGCUUUGAGAUUAUUGUAUGUGUCUAGCUGUACUAGCCAUGGGUGUGACAAGUGCAUUUGUCAGACACUCAUUUAUUUCCUUCGAGAUCUUUUCAUAUUUUAUGCUGUUUGCAGUUACAUCUUUAGUGUAUUCAUUUUUAUAUGUAGAAUACGCAUUACGUCUACGGUUGGCAUGCUUUGGUGGCUAAUCUCACGUUUCACUAUUCACUUGUCUCAUUCCAUCUUGCCAGCUUUUCAAGUCUGCCACCUGCAAUUUUGAUGCUAUCUAAUUGAUGCUUGACAUUUUUACAUUUUAUUUUACAGAAAACUUAUUUUUGCCAAAAUUUAGGCAUUUGACAUUUUAAUUAUUAUAUUUGCUCGCAUCCACACCCCAUACAAAAUUAGUUCAUCUAAGAUGACUCGAUGUGUUUGAGGCUUGAUGGCGAAAUUAGUUUCUGUGUUUUUGGUGGAUAAAUGUAUAUUGUUGUUUUAUAGUUGCAUAUUGUUGUUUUAGUUAUGUAACAAAUAAAUAAGACUCAUUUCUAAUAUUCUUGCUGUAGCAUAUUUUGAGUGUGGAUUUUAAACUUUUAUAUGCAGGAAUGGUCACUGUCAUUUUCAAAUUGUAUUUUGAUUGAAGAACUUAAAUUAUAAUGUAUAUUUGAUUUGUUCAUCAUUAGAAUAUAUUAAUAAAGAGAAAUAACUGAA